GAUGACAGGGUUAUUUAAUUUUUGUGUUGUGUUCCUGUAACAAUUCAAAUUUGAUGUACGUUAGUUGUGUAAACAUGGUAUAAAUAUUUGCGUUUGUAUUUAAUGAAAGGUUUAUUCAUUUUGCGUUGAAAUUCAUUUGAUAUUUUUGCAUUAAGAUAAUUAAAUUUUUAAAAUGCCCACCGAUUUCAACGAUAUUGUUUUUAGGGGAUCAAGUAGAGGUGAAUUAUAACUAAUAAUGCAUCAACACAGACGACGCAAAAAAAGACCUAGUUAUGGUGUAAGAACAGUAGAAAUAUCUAGAGGUAAAAAUGGAUUUGGUUUUACCAUAUCAGGACAGGCUCCUUGCAUUCUGAGUUGCAUCAUAACAGGCAGCCCUGCAGAAAAGGCUGGCUUGCGCCCUGGUGAUUUUUUAAUUGCAGUAAAUGGCCAAAAUGUUUCAAAAGCUCCCCAUGAUGAUGUUGUUCGAUUGAUUGGGAAUUCUAAUGGCAUAUUAAAGCUUCAAAUAGCUGAAAACUAUUAUUCUGAUUCCUCUGAAGAAGAAUUCAUAUCAAUUGUGAAGCUUAGACCAAAGUAUCCUAAUAAAAUUCGAAAUAGACAUCAGAACAGUGUUUCUCGUGCUGAAAAAGUAGUGCAAGAUUUACAAACUGGUGCAUUGUUUGUUGAUCACAUCCAUGGAAGUAAUGUGAUUGUCCCCCAGAAACAAAGUUCAAAAUCCCAUACUGCUGGUCUUGCUGGACCUAGUAGAUCUAAUAAGGUAUUACUAGACUUAAUCCUUCAGCAGAGAUUACAAGAUGGAAAUAAUAGGCAUUCCUUACAAAGUCCUCUUUUACAGCAAACCACAGGUAUAGCAUCUGUUUCUUCAAAUGAAAAAUCAAAACAAGUGCCUUCAAAAAGAAAAGAAAACCAGGUUUUAAAAUCUCGGAGUCAUCCAGAACAUUUAAAUACAUCAUCCAGUUCUACUAGUGAAGUCUUUCAUUCUAUUUUUACAGAGCAAGAUUUAAAUAACAUUUUAUACCCAGCAAUUUUCGCUUCUCAAAAUGUAGAACAGAAAGGUAGUCAGGAACAAGCUAUUUUAAAAGCUGUUGUAGGUUAUUUAGGAACUAUAGAGAUGCCUAAAGAGCCUCAACUUCCCAAUUCUCGACUGCAAACUAUACGGAAUUGUAUUCGUCGUUUAAGAGUUGAAAAGAAAGUUCAUACUCUUGUGUUAAUGUCUGUGUUUUCAGAAAGUAUUAUUCUCAUCAAUCCUCAAGGUGUUACUUUAGCUGAAUUUUCUGCGGACAAAAUUACUUUUAGUGGUGUAUAUAGUGAUGAUAAGAAAUUUUUCGGUCUUGUCACUAAUCAUGGAAGGAACAUUGAUGAAUUUAGUGAAAGUAGUCAGGAAGAACCGGGAUCUGUGAGUAGUUCCUGUCAUGUAUUCAUGGUUGAUCCUAAAUUAAUUCCUCAUCAUCAGCAUUUGAAACGAGCCAAAGCAUUUCAUAUAACAUGUACAUCAGAUCCUGUAACUAAUAAGUGCAAAGAAUUUCCUGAAUCUGCAGAUAGUAUUCUUCAAGCAGUAGUUGGAUUGUAUAGAAGUAAAUUAGGACCUAAUAAUGAUGUUGUGCAUGGUUUGGAAUUUCAUGUAAAUAUGUCUCCUCAGCCUAGCAAUACAAGCAGUAACAGUAGUAAUAGUGACAGUGGAAUCGGAUUUCGAGAUGAAGGCAAUGCCAGUGACAGAGUCUUCGUUGUAGAUGUAGAUAAUUACCAUCAGUAUAGCACAAAUAGCUUAGAUCGUCAAGCAUUUUCAAAUCCUGGGUUUGGUUUACUUGAAUCACCACUGAGAGCAUUUUCAAUAUCUCAGGAUAACCAAUUAUUGGCAUCCAAAUCAAUGACACAUUCACAAUCUACUGAAUUAAAAAAUAUAAAUAAUAAAGCAUCACCUUGCCACUUUGAUCGUCUUACAGUUAGAGCUAUGCCUGAUCCUGUAGGAUUUGAGAGAAAUUGCAGUAACUACAACUCUGAACUCUUGGAACAACCAAAUUCAUCUAGAAACAGUUUACACAACCUUAUCCAAAUGAGAGAAGAUUCCCCUGGAAAUUUUAAAAGUGGUCAAAAUUUGAAUCAGUUAGGCUCAUGUGCAGAUGAUAAUUCUAUAGUUGACAACCAAAAUGGUGCAUCUUCUGUAGAAUCACAUGUUAAUAAACUCAGUCCAAAAGUUUAUGGACUUAAUUUUCCUCUUAAAUCUGUGGAUGAAAUUGGUUUUUGCAAUACAUCAGUUGAAUCUGCUGGUUGGGAAUGUACAUCAUGUAGCACGGAAGAAUUACAAGUUCCUACAAGACAUUUAAUGUUACAAGAAGCCCAAGAUACAACAGAACAGGAAGAAGAUGGAAGUCAAGAUGUGCAUCCUCCAACUCAGGAAGAGGAUUCUGAAUCUGAAAUAUCUGGGGUUGAACAAGGAUCUGAGUCUACUAGUAAAUGGGCUAGAACAUCAUCUCUGCGCAGGCACCUUGGACGUAAAAGAAGUCUUUAUAGAAGCACACACGAAGCUGGUACAGUAUCUGAUGGUGAACUAGCUAGUGGGAAAGCAUCCACAUCAAGCAGUAUGCUUGCUCUAGAUCGAAUGAGUGAUACUUCACACAGGAGUAGUUGUGCUUCUGAGCGUCCAAUCGAUGUGGGCAGAGUAGGUAGCUGGGCUGCUGGAUUUAAUGUACUUUUAGAAGAUCCUGCUGGUUUACAUACAUUUAGUGAGUUUUUAAAGAAAGAAUUCAGUCAAGAAAAUAUUACAUUUUGGAUAGCAUGUGAACGCUAUCGACAGUUGAAGGAUCAGUCUGCAAUGGCACAGAUGGCCAAAGAAAUAUAUAACAAACAUCUAUGUAUAGGAGCUCAUGAACCAGUCAAUGUUGAUAGUCAUGCUCGUCAAGUUGCUCAGGAAGGAUUAGAGUCACCAACCCCGGAUCUCUUUUUGCCUGCUCAAAAGCAGAUUUUCAAUUUGAUGAAAUUUGAUUGUUAUCAGAGGUUCUUGAAAUCCACUAUGUUUAAAGAAUGCAUGCUUAGAGAAAUGCAAGGACAGCCUCUUUUGUAUCAAGGCCAAUCAAAUGAUGCAGUAUUUGGAAAUGAAAAACAAAAGAUGUGCUCAGAGUUAAAGAAAAGGAAAUCACUGAUACCAUGGCACAAAUUAAGCAAAGCAAAAUCAAAUGAAUCCAAAAGUGGAGGAAGUCGGCUUUGGGACAGACAUUGUGAAAUACGCAAAUCUCUGAAAAAGAAGAAAAAAGAAAAAGAUUCCCAUAAAUUGGAUGAUGCCAGCUCCACUCAAUCUGAUAUGACAGAUAGUCGAUCCUCUCUGACUAGUAGUGAAACUGGAGUUAUUUUCAAAAAUGUAUCUUCAAGAGAAUCUCUAAAUUCUGCAGAACUCACCUUAUUCCCUAACCAUUGUGGUUCAGAGGGGUAUUAUUGUCGUGUUAUUUUGCCAGACCUUUCAACUACUGUAGUGCGGACACAGAAAGGUGAAACUGUAGGUGAAAUGCUCUUGAAGCUUCUAGAAAGAAGGAGUUUAAGUUACAAUGCUGUUGAAGCUUACAUUGUGGGAUCUCAUCAGCCCCUUGACCAUUGCACUGAUGUUACAUCUCUAAGCUGCAAAGAAAUUAGAGUUGAACAAGUAAUAUUGUUUUGUGUUGAAUUGCCUAAUCGAAAGACAAUAGGUGUAAAAGCCAAAAAUAACAAAAUUUGUGGAGAUAUAUUGAAACCAGUUUUGCAUAAAUAUGGCUAUAAAAUGGAAUGCGUUACAAUGUCUGUGGCUGCUUUGAAAAAGCCUGUUUCAAAAAAUGCACCAAUAACAUCUAUAGAUAAUCAGCGAAUAAUAGUAGAAAUGAAAGAUUCUUUUUCUUCUGUUGAUGAUCCAUGUUCAACUGAUAAAAGUAAGGCAUCAGGAAAUGACCCUAGAGAUGCUCAUUCAUUUCCUGAUCUUGAAGAACUUACAAAUCAGAUAUUUGAUGACCUCCUAAAGACUAGGCCAGGAUUUCAGUAUGAUGGGUUGGGCAUUGUAGAUUUAGAAAGAAAAGAUAGGAUUAAAAACACUUCUAAAUCAUCCAGUUUCUUCCAUCAAACGUGUUCUGAAAAGGAUAUAGAUAUUUUACCUUCCAAGUAUAAGUCUCUUACUGGCCCUAAAUCUGAAGGAACGAAAUUACUAGCAGAAAAUAAGCCACUUUUACCUCAUAAUCCAUUAAGGAGCAAAAGCAAUUAUGAUGGCUUGAAUGCUGCUGUUUUAUCAUCUGUGAAGGAUAGUAAUUCUUCAUCUGCAAAGUUCGAAAACAAUUCAAAUGAUUUUUCUCAUGGGAAAGAAAAUUUUCCUGUACCAAAUAAAACUGAAAUGAAAAUCAACAAUCCUUUUAACAAUGUUGAUGUUGAAUAUGGAUUAGCUACAGCUCUUCAAAGAAUGGAUCCUGGUUUUACAUCAGAUUUGAUUUAUUCUACGACAAAACUAGCUGAGAAGUAUUUUCCAAGGCAGUGUUAUUCUUCUGCUACUGACUUUGAAGAAACUAAUUCCGAAAAUAUUUUGCAAAAUCUCGGCAUUAUUCCUUCAGAUAUGAAAGAUUUAAAGUCUAGACAUGCUCAGUGGUCACCAUCAAAGGUUCACCCUGUAUCUCAUCCCCCACCAAGACUUCCUCCUCGUACGAGACCUUCUGAACAAAAAGAAGUGGUUCUGCCUUUAAAUUCAUCACCUACUCCUAAUUUGGAUUCAACAUUGAUUGCCAGUGACAGUUUUGAAUUGGACCUUGAUGUAGAUGUUACAUUGCGUGCUCCAUCAGAUGAAUCUUUGUCUCCUCAAGUAAACUUUUCAACUGAAUCUUCGGUCCAAGUUGAGGAUGCUUCGAUUGAAAGAGAUUUCUCAAAAGAAAACCCAUUUUCUCAACCACUUUUAAGGAGAUUGUCUUGUGAACCUCCACCUGUUCCACCUAAAGCUGUUGCUAGGGGUCCCCCUCCUCGCCCACCGAGUCGACAAUUGGUUCAUAGUAACCCAGCAUUUUGCAUGACUUCAGAAGAUGACCUGUCAGAUGAAGAUGAAAGACUAGAUAGUGAAGCUAAAGUGGAUGUAGCUUCAUUACCGCAACAAAGCAAUUAUCUCAAUUUAGGUAAAGAAUAUGGAGAGUUUAAUAUAAGUUUUGUGUAAAGUUAAAUAAAAGUGUACGCACGCACGCACGCGCGCGUGCACACACACACACACACACACACACACACACACACACAAAUAAUAUACAAUUUAUCCUGUCGUUUAGCUUUAUACAAUUAAAUUUUGUAGGUAUAUAUUUAUUUUUUGAUUUGUAAUAUAUCUAUGUAUUUAUUGCAUAUUUGGAUUGCAUUUUUAUAUGAUGAUUAAAAAAUAUUUUUCUCAUCAAUUUUUUAAGAUUAAAAUGAUGAACUUACGACUUCUAUAUAAUUAGCAUUUUUUAAGAAAACAAGCCAACGAAGUCUCGAUUUGGGUAAAACAAAUGCUAAUGUUUUUUAAUGACAAUGAAAAUUUGAUGGAAGUUUUCUACUUUUGGCGAUUUAGUUUUUACCUGCUGUGUUUUUAACCUUUUUUUAGUUUCUUUCUAACAACGAUUUAAUCAGCAUCACAAAUUGGUAAUUCUUGCCGUGUAUGUAUAAAAAAUUUUGAUUCUAACAUUUUAGAAAGAAAUAGAUUUGGUUUGUGUGCACUGAGCCAUGUAAAUUAAAAAAAUGAAAUUGAAUGAUAAUUUUUGUGUUUCGUUAAAAAUAACUUAUCCAGUAAAUUUUUCAUUGAGAAAUUGCAAUUUGAAUCCUUAAGUUUAAGAGAUUUCCAAUACGAACAAUAUAUUAGUUCCAUGAAGUAAUGUUUACAUAUAGGUAUAUUUCCUCCAAUAAAUUAUAAGCUCAUUUUGUAUUUUAUGUGUACUAUUCACAACCUAAAUUUUACAGACUUAAAAUUUAAUUUUUUACUUAAAGUCUGAUUAUAUCUAAAGUUGUUUAAAAAAGGAAAUUUAAAAAUGUAAUUUAGUGUUUGUAUGUUUCUUUUUACAUAUUGAGGUCAUAUCAUUUAGCAUGUUCAAUCAAUGCUGCAAUUUUUUUAUUUCUAUGACUCCAUGUGUUUUCUUUCCUGUUUUGAGUUUUUAGUUAAGUUUGUAGGAAUAUUUCUGUGUUCUUUCCCCUCCCCUUAUUGUUGAAAUUUGCAAAUGUACAAAGAAACAUUCCAAGAGAACUAGAUGAAUGCUCAAAAUGUGACUUAAUAUUACUUUACUGUGCAAAAAAAAGUUUCAGUAUAAACUAUAAUAGCAUUUCUUGUAUAUUAUUUAAACUGUAUCCACUUCAAAUGUUUGUAGACUCAUUAAAAUGUAUUUUCUCUAUAAAUCGAAAAAAUAGCUACAUUUUGUAUUUGAAAUUGUUAUAUUAUUUUAAUUACCCUUAAAAGAAAGUUUUAUGCACUUUUUAUAAUGUAGUAUAUUUUUACACAGAUAAAUGUACCAUAUUCUUUGUAUGUAUAUAUACAUAUUAAAGGAAGUGCUAUUUUUGUACCCUUUAUAAGAAAAAAGGUGUUGCCAGCUUACUUUAUAAUACAUACUUUGGAAAUUAAAAAAAAAAAAAAAAAGACAAUUUGCAGUGAUGUUAAAAGCAUUUUGCUCAACUUAUGGCUUUUUUCUGCAGUGAUAGUGCAUUUGCUUUAAAAUUUUUAGGGCAUGCCUGGUUGCAGAUUCAUGCCAUUUUAAUUUAUUUAAUUAUUUUCUUUACUUGAUAACUCUUGAGUUUAUAUUAUUUGACUGAUUAUCUAUUUCAGUUGUUAAUCUUAUUUUCAUGCUAUAAAUUUUUUUCAUCACUGUUAAAAAUUAUAAUCCUGAAAAAUAGUUAAUUUUUGAAUAUCAUUUCACUUUAAAGGAUCAUUCUGAGUUAUGAUUGUACUCAUUACGGAGUUUAAGUUCUAUGUCUUAUUUUCAUCAGUUUUGUUGAUAUUUCUCUUUUGCAUUUGAGACACUUUUCCCACUAGGUUAAUAAUUUGCCUAAAAAUGCAUUUAAUAUGUCUAUUACACAUGAUAUUUUAAGAAUGCUCUAUUGACAUUUUCAAUAUUAUACAAAAAAAAAAAAAAAAAAAAAGAGGGUUUUAACUGAUUGUGUUGAUAUUUGAAAAUUUUCAUUUUUAUAAAUAACUUCUGGCAUUGGUUUAAAUUUAUCUGCAGAGAAUAUUAGCCAGACAUUUAAAAAGCGCCAGAAUUUUACAUUCAGUGCUUUCCUAAAAGCAUGCUGCAGUUUUUAAAAGUUGAUCAACAUGAAUUAGGUCAUUAUUCUGUAUAAUCCAACAGACCACUGUUUUUAUAAAAGUAAGCAUUAAAAUUUAAUGCAAACCUAUAACCUGAACAUUCUUUUGAAAUAAUUGUGAUCUUACCUUUUUUUUUCUAUUACUUUAAUAGAGAAAUAUUUUAAUAAGUAAGUUAUUUAUUACAGAAUUUUCUGAUGAUUUAUAUUUUCAUAUUGUAUCAUAUGUAAGAUUUUUUAGAAUUUAACAAGUCCCUAGUCUCUCAGCAAUAAAAUAUACUU